AGUCAAGAUGUCUUCUAAUUGCUAACCGCUUCGAGUGAUCUACCCUUUCUUUCCUUCAGUAUAAUAAUCCACUUCUCCUUCCGGGGAACUACAUAGUAUAACACUGUCCCUCACAUCAUCCAUACUAUCUAGGUAGGUCAGUAGGUACCCCAGUAGAGCACAUACGGUAACUGCGAUAUCAGCCCCAGCUCAGAACCCCCCCAAGAUCCAGACUUCGAGUGUGUCGAGUCAGCUGGAUAAUUGGCUAAUAGAUAAGGCUGCUGCUGCUGCAUAGCCAUCCGACUUACAUGUCGGGCGCUCACAUAACUUGGCUUAUACGGGUUCAAUGAUCUUUUUGCAUCAUAUGUCAGACUGGCAGGUACUCUUUAGAAGUCAUAUGUUCUCCAUGGGUAUGAGGACAACAUUGAUUGACGAUCACUUGAGGCAAUUUGAACAGCAGUUGCCUACAAAACCCAUGGCCGCACCAUCCAUGAAGCGUGGUGCUGACCCAUCUAGCCCCGGUAGCUCUCGCACGCCAUCGCCGACAACCGUUCCGCCGCCCCACCUGGCCGCCGAUCCCCUCCGUCCCACGCCGACUGCCGGCCGCCCAUCCCUGGUAAUCAUGGAGGAACGGCUCCCGGCACUCGGCUUGGCUUGCAAAUACAAUCCAAGCGCCGGCGCACUCUACGCUCUACUCGGGCAUACAAAUGACAAUCGUUUCCUGCGUGGCCAUUUCGUCAUGGUCCUUCCCUCCCACGAUCGGACUUCUCGAAAAGAAAAAAGAAAAGACAAAAAAAAUGCUAUGCCGUUAACACCCGCUCAGGUUUUGAUACGCGGCGAGUACUCGUCUUCGUGCCCCGUCCCCCCGGCCGAGUCUUUUCACACUUUGGCAUCCCUAGCCAAUCGACUUGUGAAUACCGGGGUUCAAUCACCAUGGUCCUCCUCGGCAAAGGCUGAUGCGAGCGAUAUACGCCGAUGAAGCGUGCACUUGAAGCUUUUUGAAAACAUUCCAGAACAAGUGUCUCAAUGACAUCCAAGCUACCUACUUUGUCGAUUUGGCGAGUGAUGGCUCCCUUGCUCUACAAAAGACAUGGUAAUGGCAGGCAAACACGAGCGCCUCGACAUUGUGGACGCCCCUCUCUCUCCGUCUUUCUCUCUCCCCCCUUCCCCUCCUAUUCCUCUCCGUCGCGUAACAGGCUGUAGCGUUGCUAUUUUCAAGUGGAGGUGCGUUCUCUCGGUAUCAUUUCCAUGUUGACGAACCACGUGCUCUGUUAGAGGAACGCGAGCAAAGC